AUGGCCCCCAAGAAGAAGGAAGAGCCUAAACCAGCACCAGCUCCAAAACCCCCAGAGCCUGAGCGCCCCAAGACCCCGGCGUUUGACCCUGCAACAAUCACGCUGGAAUUCACCCCGGAGCAGAUUGAGGAUUUCAAAGAUGCUUUCCAGCUGUUUGACAGGACUCCGACCAAUGAGAUGAAAAUCACUUAUGCCCAGUGUGGUGACCUGAUCAGGGCUCUGGGCCAGAAUCCCACCAAUGCAGAGAUCAUGUAUGUCCUUGGAAAACCCAAAGCUGAAGACAUGCAGAGCAAGAUGCUUGACUUUGACCAGUUCCUCCCAAUGCACCAACACAUCUGCAAGGCCAAGGAUCGUGGAACAUUUGAGGACUUUGUUGAGGGUCUGAGGGUGUUUGACAAGGAGGGGAAUGGCACAGUCAUGGGAGCUGAGCUCAGGCACGUUCUGGCAACACUCGGUGAGAAGAUGAGGGAGGACGAGGUGGAGCAGCUCAUGCAAAACCAAGAGGAUGCUAAUGGAUGCAUAAAUUAUGAAGCUUUUGUAAAACACAUUAUGGCAUCUUAA